GAUUCGAUUGGGGCUAGUGCACAGGAAGGCACGAUGAGGUGAUAAGGUGAUAAGGUGCCAACAAUCGCUCUGGACGCAUCUCUGCAUAUUGCGACUUCUCGUGCCGAAAAUGGGUUAUUGGCAGAUACAUAUGCUUAAGGACAAUAUUUGAUGUAUCCUGAUAGAAUUCGGGUUAUGAUUCACUAUCGUCUGUCGUGAAUAAUCACUCGAUAAUACCCUGUUUACAUGAUUCGGAGAUACCGGAUCCGAUCGGUAAUCAUUAUUCAGCACAAGCUUGCACCUAUUGUCACUGUCAAUUGACUCCCAACGUCGGCUAAACACUUCCCUAUGAUCAAUAUUGGCAACUUGGCCCUCGUUAAUAUUCGCCACGAUGGACUCCAGACAAUUUCCCCCCACCGAAGCGACGCCUUUGCUUGCAGCCGACGCUGGGGAAAUACGUGAAUCUGCUGCGGUGGUUGAACGUGAUCCUGAAAACCCAGCUCUUUCCCCACUUCGUGCCAUUAUUGUCGGGAUUGCUAUAUCAAUAUCGAUGCUAAUACAAGCCACUAAUAUGACAAUGGUCACGACAUCGCAGUCUGAUAUCGCGGCGGAUCUGGAUGCCUUUUCCAGUGCAACAUGGCUGACAGCAUCAUUCAUGAUAGCCGUCGCCAGUAUUAGCCCCCUCGGUGGACGCUUUUGCCAAAUAUUCUCUCUGCGCAGCUUGAUACUCGCAAGCAAUUUGGUUGCCGGGAUAGGCUUAUUCUUCACUGCUAGUGCUAGAACGCUUCCAAUGUUUCUCUUUGGUCGUGUCCUUACAGGUUGUGGAGGAGCUGGAAUAUACUCCACGCAAGCAAUUCUUGUUUUAGAGCUUGCUUCGAAGAAACGACGAGGGUUGUUCCUAGGCUUGACAGCGUGUGUAUUUACCACCGGAAUCGCUGGCGGAGCUGUAUUGGCAGGUGCUGUUACUCCGAAAUACGGAUGGCGAUUGAUCUAUUACAUACAAUCUCCGCUUGCCUUGAUCGUUGGCCCGAUUAUUUACUUGGGAAUUCCACCAAAGCCCAGAGCGAAAGACUCGAGCCCUGGACAGAGUUCUUUUACUAGCAAGCUUGCUCGCCUGGAUUAUCUUGGUAUCGUGACUCUUACGACAGCGAAUCUCCUCUUUCUGUAUUCCGUCUCCAGCAAUACUAUACCAUAUCCACCUAUCCUGGUUUCUGGUAUCUUGUUCGUCCUCUUUUUAUGGAUUGAAUCAUCUCCUGCACUUACAGCUGAGCCCAUAAUACCCAUAUCUAUACUUCGCUCUCGUGGUGUUUUACUUACAUGCCUAUGCUCAACCGGUAUGAUGAUGGCUCGAUGGGCAAUCGUUUUUUACAUUCCGGUCUACGGAAUCGCUGUGCGAGGAUGGAGCCCCGCAAAAGCUGGCAUGAUUCUCAUCCCUACAAAUCUUGGGUUCGGUCUAGGAGGCUUGACUGUAGGGUGGUUUCAUAUUCGAAAAGUGACGAGUUACUAUACAUCGUGCUUGAUUAUACUCACCCUCUUCGUAACGAGUUUCCUUUCUAUCGCUCAGCUUUCAACCUCUGACUCCCCAGUAAUUCUUUUUGCGUUGGCAGUCUUCUAUAAUGGCUUUUGUGCUGGCGCUCUUCUCAACUACACAUUGUCCCAUGUCCUGCACUUAACCCUGCCUUCGACGCACUUUAUCGUGACCAGUCUGAUAGCAACAUUUCGAUCCUUCGCUGGUAGUUUCGGCGCAGCAGUCGGUGGCGGUAUCUUUUCACGCGUAUUGAAGAGCCAGCUAGAUGCGGGAUUUCUUAAUAGUCGUGAAGACUAUCAACAUUUCGAUCACAAUAGUGACGACGUUGAAGAUCUCAUUAGAAGACUUCUUGGGAGUCCAGCAUUGGUCUGGCAGUUGAAUGGCAAUGAAAAGACAAUUGCCAUUGGAGCGUAUCAGAGCGCUUUGAAAGCAACAUUUUUGGCGGCUUGUGGCUUGGUCGCGCUGGUGACAUUUUUACAAGCUGGGACUGGUUGGACGGCCCCAGUUGAUUCUAUGACAGAGGUUGGUCAGGAUGUCGACGAAGGUGCGGAAGAUGAAAGUAUUAUUAGAGAAUAGAGGGCUGUCUCUCAUUAUAUUCCAUAUAUAGAUUCCCGUUUACGUAUACUAUCAAUUUAUAGACUAAAUUUCUCGGGAUGCUGAAAA